AUGUGGUGGUCUGAGGGUCAGUUGGUGGGCGCGGCGGGCGCGGCGGCCGUUUUCCUGCUGCUGUCGCUGGUAGUGAGGCAGCUGCUGAAGCAGAGGCGGCCGAUCGGGUUCCCUCCUGGCCCAGCAGGGCUGCCUCUCAUCGGCAACAUUCACUCCCUGGCCUCGGAGCAGCCUCAUGUCUACAUGAAGAAGCAGAGCCAGCUCUACGGACAGAUAUUUAGUCUUGAUCUUGGAGGCAUAUCCAGCAUUGUACUGAAUGGCUACGAUGCAGUGAAAGAAUGCCUUGUUCAGCAAAGUGAGGUUUUUGCAGACAGGCCAUCUCUUCCUUUGUUCAAAAAGCUGACAAAAAUGGGAGGUUUAUUGAACUCAAGAUAUGGCAAAGGUUGGACAGAGCAUCGCAAAUUAGCUGUAACCAGUUUUCGGAUUUUUGGAUUUGGUCAAAAGUCCUUUGAAAGUAAAAUAUCAGAAGAAUCAAUGAUUUUCCUUGAGGCUGUUGAUACCUAUAAAGGCAAGCCUUUUGAUCUGAAAUAUUUGAUAACAAAUGCAGUUUCAAAUAUUUCUAACUUAAUUAUUUUUGGAGACCGAUUCACCUAUGAAGAUACCGAAUUUCAGCAUAUGAUAGAAAUAUUUAGUGAAAACAUUGAAUUGGCUGCUAGUGCAUCUGCAUUUUUGUAUAAUGCUUUUCCAUGGAUUGGUGUCUUGCCCUUUGGAAAACAUCAACAGCUCUUUAAAAAUGCAGCUGAAGUUUAUGAGUUUCUACUCUGUCUUAUUCAGCGUUUCUCCCAGAAUAGGAAACCUCAGUCACCUCGACAUUUCAUAGAUGCAUAUUUAGAUGAGAUGGAUAGAAAUAAAAAUGAACCAGAAUCUACAUUUUCAAUGGAAAACUUAAUUUUCUCUGUUGGAGAACUCAUAAUUGCUGGAACAGAAACAACAACAAAUGUUCUAAGAUGGGCUGUGUUGUUCAUGGCUCUUUAUCCUAAUAUGCAAGGGCAAGUUCAUAAAGAAAUUGAUUUAGUCAUUGGGCCAAACAAAACACCCUGCCUAGAAGAUAAAUGUAAAAUGCCAUACACAGAGGCAGUGCUGCAUGAAAUUUUAAGGUUCUGUAAUAUAGCUCCUCUAGGUAUUUUCCAUGCAACUUCCAAGGAUACAGUAGUGCGAGGCUAUUCUAUCCCUCAAGGCACUACAGUAAUUACAAAUCUGUAUUCAGUACAUUUUGAUGAAAAGUACUGGAGUAACCCGGAAAUGUUUUGUCCCGAGAGGUUUUUGGACAGUUCUGGACAGUUUCUCAAGAAUGAAGCAUUUGUUCCUUUUUCCCUAGGACGAAGACACUGUUUAGGAGAACAACUAGCCAGAAUGGAAAUGUUUUUAUUUUUUACUUCAUUACUUCAACGAUUUCAUCUGCAUUUUCCUAGUACUGUGACUCCAAACCUUAAGCCAAAGUUAGGCAUGACAUUGCAACCUCAUCCAUACCUUAUCUGUGCAGCAAGACGACACUGAAUGCAAAUGUUGUGGCAGUAGCUCAAAGUGUGAGGUUCUAGGGGCCAGGAACAUGGGGAAAAUGGUGAGAUAUUGUCGUGUACAUGACAGAUAUAACAAUUGCUUCCUUAAUCAAAUGGAAUAAAUCCUGUCCCAGAUACCAAAAAAAAAAAAAAAGGGAGAACCAAAAUACACUGUAUACCAUAGAAGGAGUUCCAACAUGUACAAGGAGAGAAAAGGAGUUCAUUUAUGAGAGCAGAGAAUAGAGAGUGGCCUGACAGAUAACUACACAUGAGAGGUGUCCAGCAACUGGGAUAGGGGUGGCUCUUGUGCCAGGCAAGAACUAUCUGUACUUCUCAAACUCAUUCUCCUAGAAAAGCUCCAAACGGCUAUCAACAAGCUAAUAAACCUGCUCUAGUAUUUGUCUUCUUUCUGCUGCUGCCUUUUAGUCAAGGCCGUCUGUCCUAACCUAUAUCAAAGUGGUUGUUUCCUCCUUCAGUCAAUUCAAACUAUGCGAGCUUGGAGAGGCUGUUUUUCCAUUGCUUUGGAGGUACAUAAGAACAUAAGAAGAGCCAUGCUGGAUCAGACCAAGGGUCCAUCUCGUCCAGCACUCUGGUCACGCAGUGGCCAACACAGUGGCCAGGGACCAACAUGCUAGAAAACCUCUCAAUGCUUCAGGCAUCUCAGACAUACUUUUACAGUAGAUGGGUACCUGUACACUAUUCCAAACCACUUUGGCUA